AUGCGCCCACCGUCGCCCGCCUCAGAUCGCUACGAGCACUUCAUUCACACCCGCUCUGACGCGACGACGGUCCGAAUCCCGUUCCAAGGAUACGGCAUGGCGCCUGCAUCAGAUGUGGCUCCACGGCCAGCGACGGCGACGUUCAACGAGCCCGAGCCACGACUCGACUUCUCUUCGGGGCUGGGGUCAGCCGCGUCUUUCGUGCCGACUCCAUCUUCGACGAUCGACGUCUCGCAGACUGGGAAAGAGGCCGCUCCAGCUCACCAUUUUUCCGACAUGUGGAAAGACUACUACAAGUACUUGGCUGAGGAAGAUGAUGACAACAAGGAGGUGCACGAGGCGGUCGAUCUGCCGCUCGAAAAGACCGAGUUUGAGCCGCUGUUCGCGGUGGGCGAUAUCGUGCGUGUCCAAGCCGCACCGGGCGAGCCUUGGGCUCAGUAUGAGGAAGCCUUGGAGGGAUACUAUUCUACCCAGAAGUUCGAGAUUAUGGGCGCUUACUUGAUGGGAAGCGGUGGCGAGGUCGACGACAACUGGUACCGGAAUGCCGCUAUGACUGAAGGUGGCAUACAGAACAUCAAUUCCGGUAGUAUGCAAGGUGGCAUACGGGAUUUCAAUGACCACGCCACCGAAGCCGCAUUCGCUGCCUUUCUUGGAUCCGGAGCUGGAUAUUGGCUGUACCGCCUCAAGCCUACCGGUCUGGACGGUCCUACCCCCCAAUUCCCCAUGGCAGACAUCAUGGUCUGGAAGGAAGAGCACCUGCUCUUCGAUGCCGAAGCUAUGGAUUUGGACGCCGACUACGACGACGACUAUGAGGACUACGAUGACAACCACUACGGUGAAAACAACUACGGUGACAACAACUACCACGACAACCACUACGGUGACAACCACGGCACCGGCACCGGCACCGGCACCGGCAAUGGCAAUGAAGUGGAGAUGAAGUGGACCCAGACCUGGGGCGGUGCUCAAAUGGAGUAG